GUUGCCGUAAGAGAUCUAGAGAGAGAGAAAAAAAAAUCUAGAGAGAGAAAACAAGAAUAUAGUAAUAAUAAUAAUAAUGGAAAUGAAGGAACAAAUAAUAAUUCGAAAAGGGCCGUGGACGGAGCAAGAAGACGCGCAGCUCGUAUUCUACGUGAACUUGUUCGGCGAUCGGAGAUGGGAUUUCAUAGCGAAAGUAUCAGGUUUGAAGGUGGCGGGAGAAAGAUAUAUGAUAGAGAGGUAGUAGCUAGUAGCUAGGGCUUGUUUGGAGCAUAUAUGGAAAACCAACAAAAAAAAAAAAAAAAAAAAAAAAAUGAUUGAAAUUGCACAUAUGCCCCCCAAAAAGUUUUAACUGCUGUUUUGUGCCCAUGUGUGUGUGGAUAUGUUUUAUGUUGUGGUUGCAGGUUUGAAAAGAACAGGAAAGAGUUGCAGGCUGCGUUGGGUUAAUUACUUGCACCCUGGUCUCAAGAGGGGGAAGAUGACUACUCAUGAAGAAAAACUUGUUCUUGAACUUCACAAUAAAUGGGGAAACAGAUGGUCGAGAAUUGCUCGGAAAAUACCGGGGCGCACGGACAACGAGAUCAAGAACUACUGGAGAACACACAUGAGGAAGAAGGCUCAAGAUCAGAAGAAGACGAAAAGGAUGAUUUCGCCCUCACUAUCAUCUUCAUCCUCGUCGUCGUUUUCCAACUCCUCCACCUCAUCCAUCUCCAACAACUCACGCCCUAACGCGGGACCCACCGUCGAUUCUUCCUCUCGGGCAAACACGGCAGGCGAAAAGGAAGAAGAAAUAAGCACGAAAGUUUACUCGAUGGACGAAAUAUGGAAAGAUAUCGAGUUGUCGGAAGAAAGUAGUAAUUUCAAAUGCCAAGAAAUGAUCUCUCACACAUGGGAUAUGUUGAUGCAACCAAUUGGUGAUGACAAUUUCCAUUCUCUCCCUUUUUAUAAUCAUAUAUGAUUAAAAUUGGCUAAUUAUUUAUUUAUAUAUCAAGAAAAUUGCAUAAGAAUUAAGAAGAAGAAUUUGUUUAUAGAACUUAGAUCUAUUUUGUAAGGAAUUAGAUGGGAAAGUUCACAAGUUUAUGUGUAUAGGAUUUAGGGUUUCAAGUAGUUAUGGUAACUAAUUUUAUUAGUGGGAAGUAGAGUGAGGUUUAAAUAAUUUAGUCUUUGGGCUAAUUAAAUUAUAUUCUACUGUGUAAUGUAAUAAUGUAACAUAUGUUUUUUUUUUCGUUUAGAAAUUAAUGUAACAUAUGUUGGUGUAAUGAAUAAAUUUAUAAAAUAUUUUCUUGUGC